AUGAAUUAAUUUAUCAACAACAACACUUUUUUAUAUAAUUCUGAUCAUUCUUUCACCUUUACUCCCACUUAACUUCGAGAAGUUAGCACAGAAAUUCUGCAGAAACCAUCAAAAAAUAGAAAUCAUAAUGAUAUUAAGGUAUUCGUUCGAUUUUCUAAUUAUUCCAAUAGAUUCUAUAAUUAGCCACUCAAAACAUCAAGUUUUUUCAAGAGAUUCUGUAAGAGGAGAGCAUAGCAGUGUUGCAUAGAUGUUUAUAAAGAAUUCAACUCGAAAUUUAUCCUGAAGUAAUCUGAUUGAUCCAUUUUUUUAGAGCACCAUUGUUUUUGAGAAAGGAGACAAGGGCAAAGAUUUCUACAUCAUUCUCUCUGGUAGUGUUGGAAUUUAUAUAUAUUCAAAUAAUAUAGAAUUGCAUCAACAAAACAAAUUGCCUGCUCGUUAAGCCAUUAAGGAAUAAGUAAAUCAGCUUAUUGAAUCCGGGAUGCGUCCUAAAAAAGAACAUCCACUUGAAAUAAGGAAAAUCUUAUUAUAUGAAAAAAUCAAAAAGUAUUAGUUUUUCAGAGGCUAGGUUGUUCAAAGUAAAUGAAUUGCAUGAUGGAGAUUCUUUCGGGGAAAGAGCACUAAUAAAUGAAGCGGCUCGUUUAGCCACAGUAGUAUGUGAGACUGAGUGCUUCUUUGGAGUGCUAAACAAAUAAGAUUACAGAGAAAUAUUAUAAUAAGCAUAGAGUGAAAAGAUUUUGCAGUAAAUUACAGAAUUGCAAUCAGUCUAAGGAUUCUAAGGAAUGUCAAGGAAGUUGUUGACCAUUCUGCUCUAUGCAUUUUAAAGUCAAGAACAUAGAUAUAGAGAUAUCAUCUAUAAAUAAGGAUCGAUUAAUAAAAAUGAAAUAUAUUUGAUCUUGAAUGGAGAGUAUAUUAUUACUCAAGGUCAAAGAAUAACAAUGCAUAAUCCUUUGCGAAUUAAUCAUUAAGGAGUCAAGCAAAUAGCCAUUUUGCAAAAAGGCUCAAUAUUUGGAGACAAGGAGUCCUUUUAAAAACUUGACUUUAGAACUUAAACUAUUACUUGCAAUAGCGAGUAUGGCAAGGUUCUUUGCAUUCAAUUAGAUUGCUUAUAGCAGAGAUUGCAAGUAGUUAUUUAUAGUAAACUCUAAGGCUAAUAAUGAGUCGCAUUUGAUUAAUGAAUUGAAGUAACAAUGCGAAAUAAAAGAAUAAACUAGAGAGAAAAGAAUAUCUUGUAAAAUCUAAUCACCAAGGCGAUCUAAGAGCUUUAUGGUUUCAACCUCACCAAAUCAAAAAAUAGAUUAUAUUGUUAAAUCGAAGAAAGAGAUAUUUAAAUAAUUAAACAAAAAUCUUAAAUCGAAAAUUCAAUUCAUUUUUGAUAUCGCUUUGCCUAGACCUAAGACUCCAUCCAAUUAUUCAUAAGAAAGUCCAUCUUAACCUAUUAGAAAAAGAUCUGCUAUUGAUAGAAUCUACUUAAACACGAGAAACAACUCAAGAAUACAAAAGAGAUAAUCAUUGCCAUUAUAAAUGUAAACUUAAUACCAAAAACCUGAAUAAAAAAGAUUCUCAUUCAUUUGAU